CAGAGUUUAAAGUGGGCCGCGCUUUACCCAGUGAAGUAGAGGAGAGAGGGAUGAAGCAGCGGCGGUUCCUCUCACAACACCUGACUCCUGCUCGUCGCCGGGUACAGAACAGUGCUGCUUUAAACUCCAGAAACUACCUGCUUCAGCCUACCUGCAAUUUGAGUUUCUCACUAGGCUAAUUAAACACGGUAGCAUCGUGGACCCUCUGAAUUUUGUUUUGUCGAGGGCGAUAACUUUAAAUCUCAAGUCUGCCGAAGGAUCUGCGACCUGUCAUCACCUCUCCCAGUGAGUGUGUGUCUGGGCACAGUUGCACUUCUGUCACUUAGUGCUCCACAGCCCCCUCAGCAUCCACAAAAAUCACCCAAGGACCACAGGCUGUAGGAUUAGGGUGAAGAAUGGGGUUAUCUGUUGCCCUGCCAGCCCUGCUGCUUGUUCUGGGAUUGGCCACUAAUGUAUGGAGUCUGAACCCGGAUGACCCCAAUGUCUGCAGCCACUGGGAGAGCUACGCUGUGACUGUCCAGGAAUCCUACGCUCACCCAUUUGACCAGAUCUACUACACCAGAUGUACAGACAUCCUCAACUGGUUUAAAUGCACAAGGCACAGGAUCAGCUAUAAGACGGCUUACCGGCGGGGAGUGAGGACCAUGUACCGGCGCCGCUCACAGUGUUGCCCUGGUUACUUUGAGAGCGGGGACUUGUGUGUCCCUUUGUGUACAGAGGAGUGUGUCCAUGGCCGCUGUGUGUCUCCUGAUACAUGCCAGUGUGAGCCUGGAUGGGGCGGACUGGACUGCUCCAGUGGCUGUGAGAGUGACUUCUGGGGACCUCAUUGCAGUAAUCGGUGCCAGUGCCAAAAUGGGGCUAAGUGUAACCCAAUCACAGGUGCCUGUGUCUGCACUGAUGGGUACCAGGGAUGGCGAUGUGAGGAGCCCUGUGAGUACGGUUACUAUGGCAAGGUUUGCCAACUACCUUGCCAGUGUAUCAAUGGUGCCACCUGCAACCAUGAGACAGGAGAGUGCAUCUGCGCACCGGGGUUCUCAGGGGCUUUCUGUGGAGAGCGCUGCCCCUCCGGUAGUCACGGGCCCCAGUGUGAACAGAUCUGCCCCUGUCAGAAUGGAGGAACGUGCCAUCACAUCACUGGAGAUUGUUCCUGCCCCAUCGGGUGGACGGGUUUAGUUUGUGCCCAGCCGUGCCCUCCUGGCAAGUACGGCAUCAACUGCAGCAAAGACUGUUCCUGUCGUAAUGGCGGACUGUGCGACCACAUCACGGGGCAGUGCCAGUGUGCAGCUGGCUUUAGUGGAAGCAGGUGUCAGGAUGACUGUCCUGUUGGUACCUUUGGCCCGCAGUGUAACCAGAGGUGUGAGUGUCAGAAUGGAGCCAAAUGUCACCAUAUCAAUGGAGCCUGUCUGUGUGAAACAGGAUUUAAAGGCCCUAAUUGCCAAGAGAGAUUCUGUCCCCCAGGCCUCUACGGCCUCAUCUGUGACAAGUACUGCCCCUGUAAUACCAGCAACACCGUGAGCUGCCACCCACUUUCUGGUGAAUGCGCCUGCUCUGCAGGAUGGACAGGGCUUUACUGUAAUGAGACCUGCCCUCCUGGAUACUACGGAGAGGGAUGCACGUUGCUUUGUAGCUGCACCAACAGAGCUGACUGCCAUCCUGUCACAGGCACUUGUAUAUGUGCCCCUGGGUUCAUGGGUGAGGACUGUGCUACAGUGUGUCCUCCUGGUCUGUAUGGACCAAGCUGCACCUCCACCUGCUCCUGCCAUAAUCAUGCAUCCUGCUCUCCAGUCGACGGCUCCUGCCUCUGCAGGGAAGGCUGGCAUGGUGUGGACUGCUCCAUCCUUUGUUCCAGCGGUCUGUGGGGUCUGGACUGUAAUCAGACAUGCUUAUGUUCCAAUGGCGCUGCAUGUGACCCUAUAGAUGGCACCUGUACAUGUUCCCCUGGGUGGAGGGGAGAGCACUGCACCGAGUCCUGCCCUGAUGGCACCUAUGGGUUGGAGUGUUGUGAGCGCUGUGACUGUAGCCAUGCUGAUGGCUGUGAUCCAGUGAGUGGCUACUGCCGCUGCUACCCUGGCUGGACAGGAAUCCACUGUGAUAAUGUGUGCCCACAAGGCUUCUGGGGACCCAACUGUUCAGUCAGCUGUUCCUGUCAGAACGGAGGAUCCUGCUCUCCAGAGGACGGUACAUGUGUAUGUGCACCUGGCUACAGAGGGACGUCCUGCAAAAGAAUCUGCUCUCCGGGGUUCUAUGGGCAUCGCUGCAGCCAGUCCUGUCCUCAGUGUGUGCACAGCACUGGGCCGUGCCAUCAUGUCACGGGCCAUUGUGAGUGCCUGUCUGGCUUCUCCGGUUCUCUGUGCAACCAAGUCUGUCCAAGUGGCAGGUAUGGAAAGGCCUGCGCUGAGAUCUGCCUUUGUACCAACAACGGCACCUGCAACCCAAUCGAUGGCUCCUGCCAGUGCUUACCUGGCUGGAUAGGAGAGGAUUGCUCUCAGACCUGUCCCUCUGGGCACUGGGGCCCUGAUUGUCUCAACUCGUGUAACUGUCACAACGGAGCCCAGUGCAGUGUCUACGAUGGGGAGUGCAGGUGCAGCCCCGGCUGGACCGGACUCUACUGCACACAGCGCUGUCCUUCAGGGUUCUACAGCAGGGACUGCUCUGAAGUCUGCCGCUGCCAAAACGGCGCAGACUGUGACCACAUCACUGGCCAGUGUACUUGCCGAACAGGCUUCAUUGGGACGAGCUGUGAGCAGAAGUGUCCUGCUGGUACAUUUGGAUAUGGUUGCCAGCAGCUGUGUGAGUGCCUGAACAAUGCUACCUGUGACUAUGUGACUGGAACGUGCUACUGCAGCCCCGGAUAUAAAGGCAUCCGUUGUGAUCAAGCAGCUCUCAUAAUGGAGGAGCUGAACCCAUACACUAAGAUUAGUCCAGCACGAGGCUCGGAGCGCCAGUCCGCAGGGGCGGUCAUGGGCAUCAUCUUUCUGCUCCUCAUCAUCAUGGCCAUGCUCAGUCUGUUUGUCUGGUACAGACAGAGGCAAAGGGAAAAAGGCCAUGAGAUCCAGCCCAGUGUGUCCUACACCCAGGCAAUGCACAUCACCAACACAGACUAUUCCCUGUCUGAGUGUGGCAGUACUGUAGCAAUGAGGACCAGCACUGCUGAGGUUAAUCAGGCCCAGGGCAGCAGCAGCGGCCAGUGCUUUUCCAACCCCAGUUACCACACCGUGGCCCAGUGUAAUGUUGUCUCAACCAUCUCUAACAACCUGGAUGGGACUCUGACCCUCAAAUCAAGCACUCUGAAAAGCCGAAAUGGCUCAGAAUGGAGAGCCUACUGCAACCUCAAUGACCUCGAUGUUCAACAGGGGGAGACACAGACACAGAGAGGCUUCAAAAAAGAUUACAUCAAGAGCUCCAUGUGCAGCAACAGCUCCUGCUCGUUGAAUAGUGAGAAUCCAUACGCCACCAUUAGAGACCCACCAGGAGUUACCUGCAAGCACACAGAGAGCAGCUAUGUGGAGAUGAAGUCGCCCUCCCACCGUGAAGUGCCCUUUGGAGGCACCGCCACCCUCCUGGGCAGUGCGAGCAGGAAUGUCUAUGAUGUUGAGCCAACGGUGAGUGUCCUGCAGGGACCCAAUGGAAUGGCUACCGGCUUCUCCCAGAGUCCCUAUGACCUCCCCUGCAGCAGCCACAUCCCCAGCCACUAUGACAUUCUGCCCAUGCGUCACAGCCCCACACACACACCCUCGCCACCCCCAGAAAGCCCCAGCUCCCUGCUCUAGAGGGCACACCCUCCGCCCGCCUCUGACAGGGUGCAAGUAUCCAGGCAACAUUCAAGCAACGGUUCUCCCUCUAUCUCCAAGUUUGUUCAAUUAAAUACUGAGAUGUUGAGAUAGAGGGACAGCCACAGCUCUUCUAACACUCUUUCUAUGGCCCUCACCGAUGGAGGGGAGGAAAGACUGUCACACACACCAGCGACCAUUCACCCAUUUUAUUUUCUUAUAGAAAUGAUCACUCAAACUGCUGCCCGGCCUCCUUAUGGACCUCCUGAAGUGGAACAUAAUAGUUCCAAACAACGCUAAGGCCAGCACACAUGGAUUGGUUGGACAGAUUAUUUACAGGGAGAGAGCAAUCCUCACACUCAUUUUCAGCCUGUGAAAUAGGUUUACUCUUCAAGGGCAGCCAAGAGUUUACAAUGCCCCCUAAACAGAAGUGAUUUUCUCUAAAGAAAGGUAAGUAUAGAAACCUUGACAAUUUCAAAAUGUGACAAUAUACAACAAACGUACAUCAGAGUUCAUGAAUUGUCACUGUAUGCAGCUGCUGCAGUUCACAGUACAGCUGACAUAAGGAGAUUAUGAUCUUCUGCUCUGAGGUAAAGAAAAGUUUAGUCAAUCAAUAGAGAAGUUCUUAAUGUUAAACACAAAAACCUGGCCGAGGCCAAGUCUGAUAAAGCAUGGAUAAAUAGUAAACAUUUGUAAUGGUCCUUUAUUCACUAGUUUUCCAGUAAUAAUCACACAGCUAAUAUAAGGGUGAUCCCUGUGUGUAACUCAGAGCCUCUUUUAAGUUGCAGUGCAAAUGAGGCGCUGUGUAUCUGGAGAUGCAUUCAGGUAACAAGUGUUAAACUGUUAUAUUAUUACUAAGAGAUAAAUACAUACAUUAAGUCUCAAGUUUAGAUUCCCCCCCCCCCCCCACACUGAUGAAGUGUUCAGAUAUUGUGUUGUUUUCUGUGUGGAAUUUUUCUUGCAAAUGUCUUAGUUUACAUUUCUUUUUAAAUAUUGGGUGUUAAGAAGGGAUUGCUUUGACCUUUUAUGUUUUGUAUUUUUCAAGCUAAUUGCUUUAUUUAUUAAUUUGUAUUAGUGCUGGUAAUUUUUUUAUCAAUGUGACACUAGAAUUUAAAAAAAAAGAUGAGCAUGCUCAAAUAAUGGAUGCCCACUGAUGUAGAUAACAAACAAUUUAUCUUCUUGUGAGAUGAUCAGUGUCAUUUUGUGUGUGUUUUUGAAGUUACUUAAAAUGUUCUUUCUCUCUGUCGGACUGUAAAUUGAAAAUAAGGUUUCAUCUGACCAAUUCAAGACCCACGGUUACCCUGUGCAGUAUUUACAAAGGGAAACGCACUGUAUGUAAAAAUAAAAUAAAAAAAUAAG